AUGUCAGGUUCAAAUUCUAUUCUUGUUCAUCGAUUCCAUCUGGCGCUACCAAUUUUCAUACGUCCUUGCUUUCGAGCGCCUUCCCUGAUCUCCCCCUUCUUUACUUCUCUCAUUUAUUUCAUUUUCUUCCUCUACUCUCACUCUCUUUGCCAUAUCGGUUUGUCUCGGGCGGUUAUUUUCAUUCUCCUUUCUUUUCUUCUCUGGGCCCCCACCCCCCACCUCCAAUCAUUUGCCACACUUUUUUCUUUUCUGCUUCUUUCGAUAUUCCCUCUCUUCAUUUGCCACUCUUUUCUUCCCUGCUUCUGUCGAUAUUACCUCAUUUCAUUUGUCAGUCUCUUUCUUCCCUGCUUCUCUCGAUAUCUCCUCCCUUCAAUUGCCACUCUCUUUACUUCUCUGAUUCUCUCGAUAUCUCCUCGCUUCAUUUGCCACUCUCUUUUCUUGUCUGCUUCUCUCGAUCGCUCCCCGCUUCAUUUGCCACCCUUUUUGCUUCUCUCGAUGUCUCCUCCCUUCAAUUGCUACACGCUCUUUGCUUCUCUCAAUGACUCAUCGCUUCAUUUGCCACUCUCUUCUCUUACUUGCUUCUCUCGAUACCUCCUCCCUUCAUUUGCUACUCACUUUGCUUUACUCGAUAUAUACUCUCUUCAUUUACCAGUCACUUUUCUUUCUGCUUCUCUCGAUAUCUACUCUUUUUAUUUGCCACUCUUUUUUUCUACUUUGUUUCUCUCAAUAUCGCAUCUCUUUAUUCGCCACUAUCUUUUCUUUUCUCAUUCUUUCGAUAUUUCCUCUAUUCAUUUAACAAUCUCUUUUUCCCUACUUCCCUCGAUAUCUCCUCAUUUUAUUUGCUACUCUCUUUUCUUCUCAGAUUCUCUCGAUAUCUCCUCUCUUCAUUUGCCACACUCUUUUCUUCCCUGCUUCUCAGGAUAUCCCCCCACUUCAUUUGUCACUCUUUCUUUCCAUCCUUACUUCUCUCGAUCGCCCCUUCUCCUGUUUUCAGUCUCAUUUCUUCUCUUCUUCUUUGGAGAUUUUUUCCAUUAG